AUCUUGUUACCUCAAAGAAUAAAGUGGAUCUAUUAGUAAUUUCACACAGUUGUUGACCGUCUCACAUUGUGUAAUUAGUUCAUUAGCUGUCGUUUACACAUAAGUUGCCAAGGUGUAACUGUAGGUGUCCUUUGUAGUCAGUGAUGGAUGUUUGGAAAUCUGUUAUGCGUAAAGAUAUUGAGAUGGAAGUUCUUGAAGCCUGGACAAGGGUAAGGUUUCUUGUGCUUGUAAGAUUCAUUUAUAAUUCAGGCCGCAGUUGUAUUUCUCCAGUGUGUCUAAACUGAAACUUCAACCUUUACUGGACCUCCUUGAGCACUCUUGCUGCCGAUUUUGCUGUCAGCUCUUUAAGCUAGGCAGAAAAUAUAAGCGGCAUGGGGGAAGUGGUGAGACGGCGGCCCAUCAUUGCUGGCAGGGAACGAGGGCCCGGGCCUGGGCGUUAUGCUCUUCCGCCCACUAUCGGUUACAUAAACCAUGACUACACCAAACCCAGCAGCCCGGCCUAUUCCUUCCACAGCCGCAUGAGCAGCAACAUGGUGUCUGUGGAUUCCAGUCCAGGGCCGCAGUAUCAUGUAGACGGAAAAAUGACACGCUUUGGCAGAGACGGUACCCCGUCGUAUUCCAUGCUGGGCAGAAAGAAGAAGACAGUGGAUACAUUCCAGACUCCUGGACCAGGAGCCUACAGUCCUGAGAAAGCUCCACCUUUGAGCUUUCACCACAGACCUCCGUCUUACACCAUGGCCUUCCGCACACGCUACCGCAGUGUGGAUCCUGUGCCCGCCCCCAACAGCUACACCUUACCCAACCUCUUCGGCUCCCACGUCCCCCACAAAUCCUCCAGCGCCAGCUUCACCAUGUCAGCACGCAGGAAAGCAGGCGGUCCAUCGGAGGAUCUGUCCAUGACCCCAGGACCCUGCCGGUACAACAGCACAGAACCGAGUGUUUACCUGAACAGACAGCCUUCUUUCUCCAUGCAAAGCCGUCAUAAUAAUGCCAUCGAUGCCACGAGGAAGCCUGGCCCAGGCACGCACAGCCCAGAGAAGGUGACGGCACACCUGCCUCGUGCACCCUCUUUCUCCCUGGGUGUUCGUCAUUCCGAGUUUGUAACACCACUGAUUGUUGACGUAUUAGACUGAAUUUAUGCGCUGCUUUGUUGGCACCUAUAAAAACAGGAUUUAGCUGUUUACAUGUCAAUGAAUUAUGUUAAAAGGGAAACGCUAAAGUGAAGUAUCUGGAACAGUCACAAUCUUGGCACUACCUGGCAUCUGAUUUUGUGCAAAGAGAUGAGUAUAAGAAGUAUCUUUCAGUUUCAUUCAUAUCAAUUGUUUUCUUUAAAAUGAAUAUUUCAGACACACAAACAGUCUGUCAUCCUUUACUCACACUCAAAACUUGACCUUCAUUCUUUCUAUCAUGAGAAGUUUUGAACUGGUCAAAUCAGUAAUUCGUCCCCAUGCAAUUUCGAUUAAUGUGCAUUGGAUUUUUUUUUUUUUUUUGGGUGAACUAUUACUUUAAUUAUAUUCUGAAUGGUUUUAUAAUAAUCGUU